AUGGCCUAUACCACCGUUCUCCCACCCAGCCGAUCGGAGGCUAAGCCUCCUCGCCAGAAUGUGUCGUCUCUUGACUCCAUCGAUUCCGAUGAGGCAUACAGGUUGAGAUCUGAAGCUCUAGCAACAGAUGUCUCCAAACUUGAAGAUGGUUACUUUCUGAGCCCGAGGAUUUUGGGAUCGUUCGUUGGCACCGGUAUAGUCGUCGUUGCAACAUACUUCCAGUUUCAGGCUCUCGCUGCUGUCCUCAUGUCCGCCGUUUACCCAGACAUAGGUCCCAGCACCAAUGUAGCUCUUGUCAGCACGGUAUGGACUGCAGCGCAGCCUAUCGCACUCCUGCUGUUUGGUCGACUGAGUGAUCGGUUCGGACGCCGCAACUUUGCACUCGGGUCAUGUGUACUUGCCAUCAUUGGUGGCAUCGUGGCUGCAACGGCCCAGUCCAUUGAGACCUUGAUCGGUGCCGAAGUCAUCAUGGGUAUCGCCUCCGGAGUGCCUGCAGCCUAUCCUCUGCUGGCUGGUGAGCUGGUGAGCAACAGGUACAAGUACCUGGGUACCGCUCUUGUCGUCGUUCCCAACGUCAUCGCGACCGGUUUCGGUGCGUACAUCGGGUUGGCGCUCGUUCAAGUAGCCAACUGGAGGUGGAUCUUUGUAGUCUACAUUAUCAUCAUGGUUCCUGGCGCCGCUCUGUGGUUCUUCUUCUACCACCCACCUUCGUACACUCAGCUUCACGGCAAGAAGUCCAGCAAAGUCGCGGAACUGAAGAAGGUCGACUGGAUUGGAGUGUUUCUGCUCAUCGCGGGUCUCGCCCUGUUCCUGGUUGGGAUCUCGUGGGGUGGUCCAGCUCAGCCAUGGUCAUCUCCCAAGAUCUUGGGUCUGCUGAUAUCUGGCGCAGUAGCCGUCAUCUCCUUCAUCCUCCACGAGACUCUUCACACACCUCAGCAACCCAUCGUACCCAUGCGAUUUUUCCGAGACAUGCGCGGCUUCACCUGCUUGGAGAUUAUUUCAGGGACAUACGGUGUCAUCAACAUUGCACUCUUUGUCAUGUGGCCACAGCAGGUUACCUACAUCUUUGGCUCGACUGUGAGCUCGUGGCAAGAGUCUGCAUGGCUCUCGACCACAGCUGCUUUCGGUCUUUGGGGAGGUAUUAUCGUUCUCGGCCCGCUCAUGUCAUGGAUUGGACACAUCAGGUACCAGAUUUUGGUUUCUUCGCUCUGGAUGACGGCUUUCCUCGGCGCAAUGGCUAGCAUCACUGUCGAGCGCAAGUCCAUGGCGAUUGCCUUCUCCUUCCUCGCUGGCUGGACUAUCGGCUGGGGUGAAGUCAUUGCAGCAAUCAUUGUCCAGUACGUCGUCGCGGAUGAGGAUCUUGGUGUUGCGUUCUCCGUCAUUUCUGCAUCCCGAACCAUAUUCGGCUCCAUUUUCACUGCUGCUUUUAUUGCAGUCUACACAAACAAGGUUCCUGGCUACCUCGCCUCCAUCGUUCCCGGGCGCGUUCUUGCAGCUGGUCUGCCCGAGUCCCAGCUCGAGAACCUCAUGACGGCCGCUGCUGCCGCCAACCAGACUGCGCUUGCUGCCAUCGAAGGCAUGACACCGCAGCUCCUCCGCAUUACCAACAUCGCUGUCAGUGACGCAUACUCGAAGUCUUAUUCUUACGUAUACUACUUCGCCGUCGCGAUUGGAGUGCUUGCCAUCGCGGCAUCCGUGUGUAUGCGUGACUUCGACAAGUACCUAACCGGUCACGUGUCCAGACAGCUCUAUCAUAAGAGGGAUGCCAACACCGAUCCCUUGGAGACCGCAAAGGGUGCGAAUGUGCUUGCCAGGGAGAAUGAAAAGGCUGUGGUUUAG